GGUCCAUCCAUUCUUUAUUAUCUAUGCUUCAAGUAGGCACCAUUGAAUUCUCAUCUCAUUCAUCCCGUUACAGAUAAGCGUCGGCGUCCACUCUCGUCUUYUAUCAACCGGUGAUUGCUGUAUACUAAAUGGCUACGAAAAUGAAGCUGGUCGACAACGUCGUGCGCAGCUUCAAGGUGGCCAAAGUGUUCCGUGAGAACACGGACAAGAUCAAUAGCUUUGACUUUUCACCUGCCGGCGAUUACAUUAUAUCAUGCAGCGAAGACGACCAGAUCGUCAUUUACGACAGUCAGAAAGGUGAGCUGUCCAAGACCAUCAACAGCAAGAAGUAUGGCGUCGAUCUCAUACAUUUCGCGCACACUAAGACGACUGCCAUACACAGUUCGACCAAAGUCGAUGACACCAUCAGGUAUUUAUCAUUACAUGAUAAUAAAUACAUUCGCUAUUUCACGGGACAUGCCAAAAAAGUUGUGUCAUUAUGUGUGUCUCCUAUUGAGGACAUGUUUGUUUCUGGAUCAUUGGAUAAAAGUCUCAGAUUAUGGGAUUUGAGGUCGCCCAAUUGUCAAGGUUAUAUCAAUGUUAUGGGAAGACCAGUUGCAGCUUUUGAUCCAGAAGGCUUAGUGUUGGCUGCUGGAAUUAAUUCUGAAACUCUGAAACUGUUUGACGUUAGAUCAUUUGACAAAGGACCUUUCAUAACUGUGAAGCUUCCUCAAGAAAAAGAAUGUGACUGGACCGAUCUAAAAUUUAGUCAGGAUGGCCGAACCAUACUUAUUCCUACUAACGGAUCUUUAAUUAGAUUGAUAAAUGCGUUUAAUGGUACUCCGAUUCAGACUUUUACUGGUCACCUAAAUAAUAAAGGCAUUCCUAUCGAGGCUUCGUUCAGUCCAGAUUCUCAAUACAUAUUCAGCGGGUCAACUGAUGGUCGUAUUCAUGUAUGGAACGCGGUUACUGGUUAUAAAGUAUGUGUUCUCAAUGGCGAUCACCCAGGUCCAGUACAUUGUGUUAAAUUUAAUCCUAAAUACAUGAUGAUGGCCUCUGCAUGUACAAAUAUGGCAUUUUGGUUACCUACAGCUGAUGAUUUAGCCAAUUUGGCAUAAGUCAAAUCUUAAUUCUUUGCGUAUGCAUUAGACUUAUAUUACCUAAGUACAAUGUACUUAUUUAAAGUUAAAACAUUUAAAUUAUUGAUUUUCCUAUAAUUUAAGUUUACUUAUUAACUUCUAUUCAAUUAUUUGAAAAGAAUAAAUGUAAUUACUUUUUAUUUGUAUAAUCAUUUUUGGUUACUCAGUAAACACUCCUUGAUGUAAAAAUCAGUUAUAAUUUUGUUUCAUUACUCCUUUUGAAAGCUUAAAUGCAUUCAACAAAUUUUGAUUUUUAUACUUAAUUUAAGGUUAUUUAUUAAUUAAGUUAUGAAAUGAUUAGAAUGAAUUGAUGUUUAUUAGUCCUAAUCUUAUAUAUUUUAAUAUUAUAUGUGUGUUAUAUUUAAGAUUAAGAUUCUUCUUGUAAAUGUCUAUUUCUUUUUGAAAUUAACUGCUGAGUUACAUUGUUAAAACAUAGGUAUUAUACUUUUGAUUAUUGGAUUAUUGGUGAUAUUUUAAUGAGCAAGAUCAAAUAUAAAAUAUAAAUGUAUAAUAAUUAAUCCCUUUGCCAGAAUUAUCUGUUAGCGGUUUGACAUUCAGCAAUUUACCAAAUYGGCAUAUUUUUAAAAACAUAAUGCUCAUUGUAAAUUAUGAUCAGUCAGUAACCUACCUAAUGGUGCUUAAAUAAAAUUACAUUUAAUUCAGAUAAUACCUACACUUGAUUGAAUCAUUUUUAAAUGUAAUAAAAAAUUCAUAAUUUAACAUGUUUUAAGCUAUUACAAGUUAAUUUGAAUAUUGAUGUGAUUACUUUUAUCCAGUAUUUGACCAAAAACUAUGAUUAACAGAUGAAAUAAAUUUUGAAUAUAUUGUAAUUUAUUUUAAUAAAAAUAAUUGUUGAAUUUGUGAAUACUUAAGAGGAUGUCAGCAAAAUAUUAGUUUACAUUCUCAGACUCAUGCGUGGCAGAUAAUACACAUAAAACUGUUUUUGAGAUUAUUAAUUUUUUAACCAUAGAGUAAAAUUGCAUAUUGCAAAAGUUAUAGAAGAUAAUUUUGGAGUGUUUAACGUAAUACAGGUUUUAUGUUAUUAUUAUUUGACUUUAAAAAUAAAAACAACUUUAUAAAUUUAAAUGGCUAUUAAAUUGUUUUAACACUAUUUAGACAAAUUACCGUGAAAUCUAAAACUUUUGUAAUUAGGGAUUUAGCUCAUAAGAUUAUUCAAUAACAAAAAUGUAUUUUGCAUAUGUUUUGUAUGAUAAAAUGAUAAAAAAAAAUCAGUGCAAUGACAUCCUCUUAAGUUAUUUUGAUGUUGAAACAAAUUAAAUUUGAUUAUGAAAAUAAAUUAGUUUGUGAAUUUUAUCACUCUCCAUAACUAUUUUUUUUUUUUAUUAGUUAUAUAAUAUAUUUUAAAUUAUUAUAUUUAACAACACAUAAAAUAAGUGACAAAUUCUUCAAUGAUUGUAUAUUUUAUGAAAUUCAUGAAUUUUAAAUUAUUAAGUAUAAACUUUUCAUAGAGUUUGUUACUACCAACAUUGCUUAUAUCGUUGAAAAUUGUAAAUAACCUGAGCACUAAUUCUAAAUUGUAUGUUGUAUUAAAUGUGUUUUUGGUUAAAAAGACUCCACACUUUGAUUUGUUAUCGGUCAGGAUCUUAUUGCAUCAUACUAAAUUAAAUUUUUUACACAAUA